AUGGCCAUUGCAAAAUGGAUUUCCUUCGGUGCUGCACAGUCCUCGAGCCCUCCACCCCCACCCGCCCCCGUACAUCCUCCCGUGGUCUCCGGUGCAGAUGCAAAGCAGUUUGGCUUAGAGAAUUUUGGGAAUACAUGUUAUGCCAACUCUGUCCUCCAAGCCCUCUACUUCUGCGGCCCGUUCCGCGAACUCCUAGAGCAAUACCCCGAUCCCUCCGUUCCCGAUGUCCCCGCUCCCAUUGUUGUCCCUACCCCCGCGCCGCCCCCACCGCCCGUGCACGUCGCCCCGCCCAGCGUGCCCCACCACUCGCGACGCAAGGUCGAACGCAAGUUCUCCAUGUCAGAGACCUCCUCGCAGACACAGGUGACCCUUGUGAGCCCCCCCGUUCCCGCUGCCCUGCCAAUCCCGCCCACGCCGCCGACGCUGCUGUCUGCUCUCCGGUCGCUCUUCCUUUACAUCAGCAGAAACCCGGCUGACAGGGGCACAGUCGCCCCACGUGCGUUUAUUGAGAAACUCCGAGAGGUUAAUGAGCUCUUCCGCGGGUCCAUGCACCAGGACGCGCACGAGUUCCUCAACUUCCUGCUCAACAGGAUCGUCGAGGAGAUGGACGACGACCGCAGGAGCGGACUCGUGAGCGGGAAUGCUAUCGGAAACGGGAACGGGCACGCGUACGCAAACGACACAAACCCGUCGGGCGAAGAUCUGUCGACAUCCAUCACCACGCUAUCGUCCGUGCCGGCCCCGGCGACCACUUCGUCCGCGUCCACAUCACAUCCUUGGAUGUACCACUCGACGUUCGUCCAUCGGCUCUUUGAGGGCGUGCUCACGAGCGAGACGCGCUGCCUCACGUGCGAGACCGUGUCCUCCCGCGACGAGUCCUUCCUCGACCUGUCGAUCGAUAUAGAGCAGAAUUCGAGCGUCACGGCCUGUCUCCGCCAGUUCAGCGCCAGCGAGAUGCUGUGCCAAAAGAACAAGUUCUUCUGCGACUCGUGUUGCGACCUGCAAGAGGCCGAGAAACGCAUGAAGAUCAAGAAGCUUCCGAAUGUGCUGGCGCUGCAUCUUAAGCGCUUCAAGUACCAGGAGGAUCUAGGCAAGUAUAUCAAGCUGACGUAUCGCGUCGCGUUUCCUAUGGAGCUUCGGCUGUUCAACACUGUGGAUGAUGCCGACGACCCGGACAGGCUGUACGAGCUUUUCGCGAUCGUCGUCCACAUCGGAAACGGCCCGCAUCACGGACACUACGUGACGAUCAUCAAGGCGCACGGCGCCUGGAUGCUCUUCGACGACGACAGCGUCGAGACGAUCAAAGAGUCCGAGAUUUCAAAGUACUUCGGCGAGUGCAACUGCGGGUCCGCGUACGUACUCUACUAUCAGGCCGUUGACCUCGACAUGGCCGCCCUUGGGAUCCGGCCUCCCCCGCCUCCGGCACCUUCUUCGACGGACCUCGGCUCACCUGCAGGCAGGACCUUGAAUCUGACGGCGGAGCACAGCGAGCUGGAGCCGGGCUCCCCUGCUCUUCCCCCAGGACUCACGGAGGAGCCUGAAGUCUCAGACAGCGGCGACUCCCCCGCCCCUGCGACGCCCACCCCUGUUGCCCACCUAAAUUCAUUCCUUAAUACACAAACCCACCCCAGCGAAGUUCCCUCCUCGCCUUUGCCGCCCAACCCCAGUCUCCCCGUCCCACCAAACGCACCGAACUCCCCACCGGCGCCAACCGCGGCAGGCCCGCUGGGCGGACUCUUCAACACGCUGCGGCACUCGCAGUCUGCGCGCGCGCGCCCGGCGAGCAGCGCGGAGAACCGUCGGAGCCUGCUGGAGCCCCCCGUGCCCUUCUUGCACUCGCACCCACCCGUCUCGAUGCGCCGUCCGGCUACGGCGCAGCCCAUCGCGUCGACCGCGGACAAGGGCCACCACGCGCAUGACCUCCCCUCUGCACCCGGGUCCCCAGUCACGAUGCACGGCGUCGUGAACGGGCUCGGGAUCGCACUGGGCAACCCUGCUCACCACCACAGCCACACCGUCAAAGACAAGGACAAGGAUAAGGACAAAGACAAGGAACGGGAGAAGGACAAGUCGCCGGAGAAGAAGGCGAGCAUGUGGUUCAAACGCAAGUCGUCGCGCGUGGACUUUGCGUUCGGCGGGUCGUCGUCGGAGCGCCCGCGCACCGCAGACAGCUCGGCGUGGUUCCACCCGUCACACAAGGACGCCGUCAGGACGGCGGACUCCGGCGUGUUCGGCCGCCCGCAGGCGUACCCGCUCUCGACGCCGUCCUCGCCGGUCUCGGGCGAGGCGACGCCGUUCUUCCCGCGCCCGGAGCACAAAAAGUCGUCGCCCGAGCUCGCGCGUGCGAAGGGCAGGGGGACCAGCCUGACUGGCUCGUCUGUGCUAUCCAAGCUUCCCCCGCGGCCGUCGACGGCGGGCGCGACGAUGUCGCGGUCACGGCCGAUGUCUAGCUACGUCCCUCCUGUUCCCGCGUUACCUUCCUCGCCCGCCGUCAAUGGCAGUGCGCUGCCUGCGGAGCAUGGGAGCGUCAAGGGCAAGGAGCCCCAACGUUCCGCUGAGGACGCUGCUGCUGCUGCGCUGCGUAUCCACCACUCGCCACUGUCCACUGCUCCAGCCGUUGCUCCGUCGUCGUCAACCGGCACGGCAAGCACCAGGAGUAUGAGCACCAGCGUAGCGGAUAGUCAGGCUCCUUCUUCGAAGCACCACUGGAGGCGGAAGCUGAGCCUCACGGCGCCCAUGCUCGGUUUUGGCCGGAAGGACCGGGAGAAGGACAAAGACCGGCAGAGAGAGAAGGACCAGGUGCCGCCGACCUCCUUCGCGCGGUGA